CUCAAGGCUUUGCAAGCCCAGCUCCGCCAGACACAGAAAGAACAAGCCACACAGUUCUCUGAGACACUAAAGGAGAAAAACGCUCUUGGCCUUCAACUCCGGGGCACUAUGCAACACCUGCGUGAAAGCCAGGAGCGCUAUAACAACCUCUUCAAACACUGCAGAGUGUUGGAGAAGCAGAUAGAAGAUCUGCAGGCAGCGAUUAGCAAGGGGCCACAAAACACGGAUGCUGCUCCGGGAGCUCACCAGGAAAACACCGGAGAGAGUCAUCUUAAAGAACUCCAGGAGCUACAGCAAAGAUUUUCAGAAUCCCAGCAGCAGCUGUGCAACAGCAAACAAGAACAAGAUGAAUUAAGGAAGCUGCUGGAAGCAGAACAACAUCGGAGAGUGGCUGCUGAGAGCCAGCGAGUGGCCGCUGAGAAUCAGAGGGUGGCUGCUGAGAACGCCCUCUCCAUGGUGGAGGAACAGAUCAGGCGGUAA